AAAAAUGCUUUCAUCCCCCCACAAACACACCGGCGUCCUCAGAUGUAAACACCCACAGGUUGUUGUGGAGCGGCAGCAAAAUGUCCCACAGUGGGAAUUCAGUCACAGCCUGAAGCAGAUCUUCACAGCAAAGGUCGGUACUUUAAUUCUUCCUCUGCUCUGUUCAUCCUCUCUUCAUCAGAAAUGAGUCGCCAGACCGCCACCGCGCUGCCCACAGGAACCUCCAAGUGCCCCCCCUCUCAGCGCGUGCCCACCCUCUCGGGCACCACCGCCUCCAACAGCGACCUGGCCAGCCUGUUCGAGUGUCCUGUCUGCUUCGACUAUGUGCUGCCGCCCAUCCUGCAGUGUCAGUCCGGACACCUGGUGUGUUCCAACUGCCGGCCCAAGCUCACCUGCUGUCCCACCUGCAGAGGUCCGCUGGGCUCCAUCAGGAACCUGGCCAUGGAGAAGGUCGCCAACUCGGUCCUGUUCCCCUGCAAGUACGCCUCGUCGGGCUGCGAGGUCACGCUGCCGCACACCGACAAGACGGAGCACGAGGAGCUGUGCGAGUUCCGGCCGUACUCCUGCCCCUGUCCCGGCGCCUCCUGCAAGUGGCAGGGAUCCCUGGACGCCGUCAUGCCGCACCUGAUGCAUCAGCACAAGUCCAUCACCACGCUGCAGGGGGAGGACAUCGUCUUCCUGGCGACGGACAUCAACCUGCCGGGCGCGGUGGACUGGGUCAUGAUGCAGUCCUGCUUCGGCUUCCACUUCAUGCUGGUCCUGGAGAAGCAGGAGAAGUACGACGGGCACCAGCAGUUCUUCGCCAUCGUGCAGCUCAUCGGGACUCGCAAGCAGGCCGAGAACUUCGCCUACCGGCUGGAGCUUAACGGCCACCGGCGCCGGCUCACCUGGGAGGCCACGCCCCGCUCCAUCCACGAGGGCAUCGCCACGGCCAUCAUGAACAGCGACUGCCUGGUGUUCGACACGUCGAUCGCGCAGCUCUUCGCCGAGAACGGGAACUUGGGCAUCAACGUCACCAUCUCCAUGUGCUGAGAGCGACCCACAGACGAGCGUGAGAGUGCCAGAUUGCCGGGGAAGGGGCUGUUAUUAUAGGGGGCCCGAUCAGCGAGGAGCCCGCGGCCCCUCUCUCUCUCUGCUACGCCCCUGAGACGUGGAACUGGACUGUGUUCGGGCAGCGUUGAAGGCCCAGGGGUGAUGGAUGGAUGGAUGAAUGGAUGGAUGAAUGGAUGGAUGGAUGGAUGGAUGGAUGCGUGGCGUGUGUUAAAAAAACAAGGACGUAAAUGUAGUGGACAUCUAAAACACUUGUGUGAGACUCGUGCACGCGCAUGUGUCAUAAACCCGGAUUCAAAGCGAGGAUGUGUUCAGACUUUCCGUUCUUUUUUUUUGUUUUGUUUUUCUGUGUCCGACCCAGACGUGUUUUUUUUUUUUUUUCCCCUCCAUGCCGUCAUGUCAACGUCCCGCUGUCCUCUCGGCGUCCCCUCGGUCCUCCUCAGAGGUUUCAGGAUGAGGACGGCCGCCGCGUCGACGACCAGACCCGGUGAUACGAAGCUAGCCUGCUACCUAGCUUCCCUUUUGUUUCUGAUUUUUCCGGCUGCUCCCGUCGGCUCAAACGGGAACUUUUGGACCCGUUUUCCCGAACCUUCGUCCUCCCUCCUGACCGACACGGUUCCGAUGGCAGCAACCGGAGUUACCCGAGCGGAACCACGCUGAGCUCACCGCGUUUUCCAUCCGGACCAGAUCGAGAGGUCUCAAAGCGAACCUCAGCUGCUCUUUCCGUAGAUUCUGGUGGAUUUGUUUGGAUUACAGGAGGUUAAUUUUAGUUCAGAAAGUUCUGUGCAGUCCGGACCGGGAUGAGCUGAGGGGCGACGCGAGGGGUGGGCCGCUGCGUUUCAGUCGGCGUUAGGCUUUUAUUUCCCGGGUUUCUUUUGUUUUAACGUCUUUUUUUUUUAGUUUUCGUCGGAGAGGACGACGACCUCCGGCUGUCUGUGUGAAAACCAAGCCGCUCUCAGCCGCUCACUCAACACCCAACCUGGAACGAGGGACACUUUCUACUGUUAAAAACAUUGCUGUUGUUAUAAAUAAUAGAAAUAUCAUAAUUCUCAUUUUUUUGUAUUGAAUUUUAAGAAUUAAAAGGCAGUUGUAAAAGUUGUGGCUAAACUUCAGUGUUUGUAGUUGAAAAGAAGUCUGUUGUCCUCUGAAGGUUUGUGGACAGUUUUCAUUCUCUGUCCUCCUCUUUCGUUUCUACCUUUUUUUUUGUUUUCUUCUCUGUGGAGGGAAGCCUCCCUCGUUCUUCUCGUGGAGUCUCGUUAAACGUUGCUGCUCUUCCUCAGAAGCUCCACGACUUCUCUCUGUUUUCAUUUGUCAUUAAAUAAAUCUAUCUUUUUCAUAGAG